AUGUCUCUUCAAGUAAACCAGAUAUUUAUCGAUAAUCUAGAUGAAGUUGACCUUUAUCAUGAAUUGCUUGAUGAUACAAAGUGGUCUCUCCGUGAUACUGAUAUAGAAUACGACCUUUGUCAAGCUUUUCCGCACUUACUACUCACUAAACAUCCGAAUAAAGAUGAAUAUAUUACUGUAUGUCCAUCAU